AUGAAGUAUGUGAGCUCCUCUGAUCAACAAGAGCUAUGGUGUUGGAGCCAGAGGGAGUGUGGUGGGGGUCGAGUGGACCCCUGGGACCUGGCACCACAGCACGGGUCUGGAAGAGGGACGGACGGCAGGUUGCAGAGUGCAUUGGGGAGAAGCCUGUUCCUCGCGGCCCGCUCCAUGCUGUGUCUUUGGGUCUGCCGCCGAGUCCUGUCAGAUUGUGUUUACUUUUCUGAAGGACGCUUCACCUCUGGAAGCCUGUGA